AUCUAAACAAUCAACCACUAUUUAUCGUCAUUCGAGUUUUGUGACCUCUUCCUCCAGGCUGCAAGUACUUGAGCAGACUGUACUGCUUAAUCGAGCACUCGAGAUGUCCCCUUGUGCUACCAAGUAAUGCUCGACGGAGCGCUAUGUCAAUAUGUCCAUGUUCCGUUCUGCAGCAGACAUCUCAUCAUCCGAUCCGGAGUCUAGUUCGGAAGAAACUGAAAAUGAUAGUCUACCAGAAACUCAUAUUGACACCGAGCUACCGACAGAGGCAUCUGCCAGUUUAGAGGAACUCCUUCUGGAUGAUUAUGAUCUUCCAACACCAGGGCGUAUAGGGCAGGACAACAUCCUGGGGGGCGCAUUGGAUCUUGAUGCUGAUGGACAUGCAUCUGUGAUGACAUCUGCUCUACUUGAAUUCUUCUGUUUGACUCGGGCUGCUGACUUCCUCAAUGCACAACCCGGAUCAUUUGGGCGGCUCACCCGGGAUUCACCAGAAGUCAAGCAGUUGGGGAAGAAAAUGUUUCAGUACAAAUCACAGUUUCUGUCAUCUCAUGGUGUCGUAGCCGGUGGUAUUGAAGACGAUGACUGGGAGAGGAUUCGCCAAUAUUAUCGUGACAACCUGGACAUGUUGGGAAAUGCUGCCAUCGGAGAUGCAAGUCUUGCUAAUUCAUCCGGAAGGCCGGGCUCUCGAGAGGGAAGAAAUGAAUUCCCACGGGCGCCGUUGACUAAAUCCCAGUCACUCAUUUCCACCACUAAGAUCUAUCAAGCUGCCAUGGAGCCAGACCCUUCAGAGAGCAGUCGUUGGAAUAUACAGAGACGUAACCCAGGCCCUCCCGUCAAUCAAGGCCACUCGGAAACUUUUCUACACCUGAAUAACUUAUUGCGAACUCCUCAGCUGCCCGGGGGCGAAACGCCAGGGCCUAUGGCACUUGUCAGUACGAAAUAUGAGCCGACAAUCGAUCAUACGUCUAGGUACGCUUCGGAAUUCGUAGAGGUCAAGCUUCUAGGGCGGGGAUCGUUUGGUCAAGUUUUUGAAGCGCGACAUCAUGUCGAUGGCCAGAGCUAUGCCGUGAAAAAGAUACCGCUGAGCAAGUGGAGACUGGAAAUGUUGCAACAAGAAGGAGUGCAGCAUCUGGAGCACAUACUGAAAGAAAUCAGAACAUUAGCUCGUUUGGAACAUAAAAACGUUGUUCGUUAUUUUGGUGCUUGGGUGGAAGAAAGAUACGUGUGUCCGGAAACCGCGCCUUUAGAUCCAGGAGAAGACGUGCAUAUGGGAGUGGAACCAUCUAAAGAACAACAUGAUCCUGCCGAAGAGGAUCAAAGUUUUGGAAUUGUGUUUGGCUUGUCUAGCAAUGACGGUGAAUACGAUGAUGACAAUAAAUCGGAUUCUCGCAGUCAUGGGACUGGUACCUGGUCGAAUUCUCACCAACGCCGAAACAGUCGCUUUACCAACGCAUCUUCGCUUUCGAAGAAGAGCACAAUACUGGGCAGUGGGGAAGACGACGAUGAAGAUGUUGAAUCUAUCCAGAGAAACUUCAGCAUCCCGAAAGCAGGUGUACUCUCACAUGACUACACAUCAACAAGCGAUUUAACAGGCACGGAUAUCUUCACAAAUGAUAUGAGCGAAGAUCCAUCAAAGUUCCAGCUUGCACACCGAGAGAAAACAAUACAGAAUCAGACCGUUGUUCUACAUAUUCAGAUGUCAUUACACCCUCUGACCUUAAGCGCAUUUCUCAAUCCUAAACACCGCUCGGCGUCAGCAUGUCAUUGCUUUCAUCUUCUUCCAUCUUUACGGAUACUACUUGGCAUAUUAUCAGGAGUAGAGUACCUCCACUCGAAGGGCAUUGUCCAUCGCGAUCUAAAGCCGGCCAAUAUUUUCCUUUCUGCCCGCGAGGACAAUGAAGGUGCCUGUCACUCUUGCCGCGGAAUAGAUGACCAGCCGAUUAGAAACCAGUACCGUCCUCGCAUAGGAGAUUUCGGACUUGUGGCAGAUAUAUCCCAUUGUGCCGAGAAACCGGUCCCCAACGGUGUAGUUACUGUUCAGACUGGACAGAGUCCCAGGAGAAGAUUUCGACAUGUCGGUACCGAGUUUUACUGUCCACCGAGACCAGACUCUGCUUCAAACCCAGACUCGAGCGAAUACGCAAUCAACGAGAAAUUAGACGUGUUUGCCCUGGGUGUUAUCUUAUUCGAGCUCCUUUACCGUUUAGGCACCAAGAUGGAACGUCAACUUGUCUUGUCUCAAUUGACUCGUCACGGGUCACGGGAUGGCAUCGUUAGGAUCCCGGAUGAUUUCGAGGAUAAGAUUGAAUGUGGAAGGGUCAAGCUUCGGAACGGGAUGUCCGUCGCGGAGUCGCUAUCUACUUGCAUUCAAGGCAUGCUUCAUCCUGAUUCUAGCAAGAGGUGGAGCUGUGAGGACAUCCGGAUGUCUUUGAAGGAAAUUAUUAGAGUGUUGCACGGGGCGGAUGUUACGAUAGAGUUGUUGGAUUCUGAUACUUGUACGGAUUCCCCGGACAUUCUGGUAAGAUUAUCUCAACUCCAUAGAUUUGAAGAGAAGAACAGGGCAUCACUAAUCGCAGGAUUAGGGUUAGGUUACAUUAAGGCUGACCAUGGGAGAUACCUAGGUAUUAAUGCUCGUCGAGAUGGUGGACCCAUGUGUAAUACCAAUUUAGCUAUUUAUACACGAAAGUUGAUGGAACCUUCUAAAUAG